AUGCAAUCGCCCGUCCACCCACCAGCAUGGGUUGAAAGCCCCUACAUCCGCUCGCUGCUGGCAGGCGGCCUAGCAGGCACCAGCGUCGACCUCUCCCUCUACCCCAUCGACACCCUAAAAACCCGCCUCCAGUCCUCCGCCGGCUUCGCCGCAUCCGGCGGCUUCAAAGGCGUCUACCGCGGCGUAGGCUCUGCGGUCGUCGGAUCCGCCCCCGGGGCCGCACUCUUCUUCGUCACGUACGAUGGCGUGAAGCGGUUUUUCGCUGCCCGGGAGCAGGCGAGGACGCUGCGGACUGCGGACGGGCGGAAGUACAAGGGACAGGGGAGCGGAGGUGUGCUGGGGAAUGAGGCAUUGGGCCACAUGCUCGCGGCCAGCUUGGGGGAGGUCGCGGCAUGUGCGGUUAGAGUCCCGACGGAGGUUGUGAAGCAGCGCGCGCAGGCGCUCCAGCACCCGUCGUCGCUGUCUGCACUCACGCAUAUUCUCUCGCUGCGACACACGCACGGUCUCGCGACAGUGUGGGCGGAGCUGUACCGCGGGUGGGGCAUCACCAUCAUGCGCGAGGUGCCCUUCACUGUUAUACAGUUUCCGCUCUGGGAAGCGCUUAGAUCAUGGCGACGGCAGCAGCGGGGUGAUGGCAUUGUGUCAGGGACGGACUCGGCGGUGCUGGGCGCGGCUAGUGGAGCGGUCGCGGCGGGGUUCACGACGCCGCUGGAUGUGCUGAAGACACGGAUGAUGCUGUCGCGGGAGAAGGUGGGAGCGGGGGCGCUUAUGGCAAGGAUACUGAGGGAGAACGGGCCCAGUGCCUUCUUUGCUGGUAUUGGUCCUAGGAUCUUUUGGAUCAGCGCCGGUGGGGCCAUCUUCUUGGGAAGUUAUCAGUGGGCUAGUAAUGUUCUAGGGGGCGCGGCAUGA